ACAUGUGUACAUUCAAGAUGAACAUAACCUAGUUAAUAGUUUAUAUGUAUUUUUGACAGAAUAAUCGAAAUAAAAGGUAAGUUUUGGUGCUAAUUUAGUGUUAAAACCACUUUUUGAUUACCAUAACAGAUUUUUGUGUUAAAGAUGGUGUUACCAAACAUAGAAAGCUCAGAAAAAGUUGUUGGAUUUGAUGAUGAUGAAGACUAUGAAGCAGAAACAACAAAAAAACAUUCCACAAAAAAAUUGGGAGGUUUUCAUCGGUUGGGCCUUCACCCAUUGGUUCUCAAAGGAAUUCAAAAAAGAGGAUACAAAACUCCGACUCCAAUUCAAAGAAAGACAAUCCCACUCAUCAUGGAAGGCAGAGAUGUGGUUGCAAUGGCACGCACAGGUAGCGGGAAGACAGCCUGUUUCUUGAUACCAUUAUUUGAGAAAUUGUUGGUCAGACAGAACAAGAACACUACCAAGGCUCUGAUUCUAUCUCCAACAAGGGAACUCGCGUUGCAGACAAACAAGUUCGUGAAAGAGUUGGGCCGGUUCUGUGGUGUGCGUGCAGCUCUGGUGUUGGGUGGAGACUCCAUGGACAACCAGUUCUCAAUGAUGCACAGUAAACCUGAUGUUCUUGUGGCCACACCUGGAAGGUUCCUCCACCUCUGUGUUGAAAUGGAGUUACGCCUCUCCGAUGUGGAGUAUGUUGUAUUCGAUGAGGCCGAUCGUUUAUUCGAGAUGGGUUUCGGAGAACAGCUGCGGGAGAUCGUUCAUCGACUACCGGACUCACGACAGACACUGCUCUUCUCCGCCACGUUGCCCAAAGUUCUCGUGGAGUUUGCCCGAGCUGGCCUCACAGAUCCAGUGUUACUCAGGUUGGAUGUGGAGAGCAAGCUGCCUGACACGCUGGAGCUGUCGUUCAUCUCGUGUCGUUCUGAAGAGAAACCUGCUGCUCUAACGUGUUUGCUAGACCAUGUUGUGCCUAGUGAUGGGCAGGUGGCCAUUUUCGUAGCGACCAAGCAUCAUGUGGAAUAUGUACACAUGUUAUUGGAUCAGGCUGGAGUGUCAAACACUUUUAUCUACUCAGACUUGGACCCAUCGGCUCGGAAGAUCAACACGGCCAAGUUCCAGACUGGCAAGGUGCGAGCCCUGGUAGUAACAGACGUGGCAGCCCGUGGGCUCGACAUCCCUUCGUUGGACUAUGUUAUCAACUACAACUUCCCUGCCAAGCCCAAGCUUUUUGUACACAGAGUCGGGCGAUGUGCCAGAGCAGGAAGGCCAGGUACUGCAUAUUCGCUGGUGGCUGGUGAUGAACUGUGCUACCUGUUGGACCUCCAGCUGUUCCUGGGCCGCAGCCUGCCUCUGAUAGAUACGGAAGGCGCUACCACAGCGGAGUCAGGAGCGUUAGGGCGAAUCCCUCAACAUCUGCUCGAUGACCAACUUAGCAAGAUACAGCUUUGGCACAACAACAACUCAGGACUUAAUAGCCAGAGGGUGGUCAGUGAGAAUGCUUACAAGCAGUAUCUCAAGUCAAGGCCGGGGGCGAGUGUGGACAGUGUACGGAGAGUAAAGCAGCUACCUGUCAACACUCUCGGCCCCCAUCCUGCCUUCACUGCUCUCGCCACACCUCAAGUUGACCGUGCAGCUUUCCUUGCACAAAUAAAGAAUUUUAAGCCUCAGGGGACUGUUUUCGAACUUGGGCAAAGUUCUCGUAUAGAAUCUUACAAAGUUAUGAAGACCAAACGUAAUAAAGAUAAUGAGAAAAUCCUGAACUUCAAACAGAAACUUCAACCCAAAGUCACAGAUGAAGUUGGAGAAAAUAAGAGAGUCGACUUGGAGUUGAGUGAUUUGGCAGACAUCAGCCGAACUUUCAGUCGGGUAAUUCUGCCAGCCAAAAGGAGGGAGGCUCAGAUCGGAGGUGGAGGCAAGAGGCUAAAGGUGGGAGGGGUGGACAAGGAACACUUCAUCCCCUACAAGCCGGCAGAUGCUCACACAGAACAGGGACUUGCGGUGGAGAACUUCCAACAGACGGCAGCGCAUGCAAUGCUAGAUAUGACAGGAGACACUGAUCAGGCUCUGAGACAAAGUCACCGUGCCAGGAUGACGUGGGACAAGAAGCGGAAGCGGAUGGUGGGGGUCGAUACCAACAGCAAGGUAGGCAAGAUCAAGUCCGAGUCUGGCACUUGGAUCCCAGCCACGUACAAGAGUGGACGGUACAAGGCUUGGGUUGAGCGAAGCAAGGCGGGCGAAGAUAGUGGUAGCGACAAUGAGGACCAAGAAGACAGCAAUACACGUUUAAAAACAACUCCCAACACUCGCUGGGGUCGGCACAAUCUCAAAGUCCAACAGAAAGCUAAGAUCAAACUGAAAAACACUGACCAGAUCCUGAAACAGCGCAUCAUAGCAGAGAAGAAGAAGAAAAAGAAUGCAAGGAAAGGAAAAAAGAAGAAAAAGAAUUAAAUUGGUUGUUAAUCAAAUAAAUUGUUUAUAAAAUUAAAAUGUUUAA